ACCCCUUAUAGAUUUAAAAAGAGAGGCUGCAUUCUCAGACUGACACUUAUUCAACAGUGCUACCUUAAGCAGAUUACUUUUGCGCUGCCUAGCAGGGUCAAAAUAGGCGCUUAGUUGCUGCUGCUGCUGCCGCUUCUUCUCCUCCUUCUUCUCCUCCUGUCUUCUCCAUCAUGUUUGGGAUGCUGAAACAUCAUCUCCAGCCGGGCUUUUUCUUCUUCUUCAUAUGGUUCUGUCACCUUAUGGAGCGUCAAAAAGUUCAAGCUGGUAACUGCUGGUUGCAGCAGGGCAAGAACGGGCGGUGCCAGGUGCUCUACAUGCCCGGAAUGAGCAGGGAGGAGUGCUGCAGGAGCGGAAGACUCGGCACAUCCUGGACCGAGGAGGAUGUCCCCAACAGCACGCUGUUUAGGUGGAUGAUCUUCAAUGGCGGAGCUCCCAAUUGCAUACCUUGCAAAGGUGGAGAAUCGUGCGAUAAUGUUGACUGCGGGCCGGGUAAGAGGUGUAAGAUGAACCGGAGGAGUAAGCCGCGUUGCGUUUGCGCGCCAGACUGCUCCAACAUCACAUGGAAGGGACCCGUCUGCGGCUCGGACGGCAAGACCUACAAGGACGAGUGCGCCCUGCUCAAGGCUAAAUGCAAAGCCCACCCGGAUCUGGACGUGCAGUAUCAAGGCAAAUGCAAGAAAACGUGCCGUGACGUGCGGUGCCCCGGCAGCUCCACCUGCGUGGUGGACCAGACCAACAACGCCUAUUGUGUGACGUGUAAUCGGAUUUGCCCCGAGGUGACGUCACCCGAGCAGUACCUGUGUGGCAACGACGGGAUCGUGUAUGCCAGCGCGUGCCACCUGAGGCGGGCCACCUGCCUCCUGGGCCGCUCCAUCGGGGUGGCCUACGAGGGCAAAUGCAUCAAGGCCAAGUCAUGCGAGGACAUCCAGUGCAGUGCCGGCAAGAAGUGUCUGUGGGACGCCCGCAUGAGUCGAGGACGCUGCUCGCUGUGCGACGAGACGUGUCAGGAGAGCCGGACGGAUGAGGCGGUGUGCGCCAGCGACAACACCACGUACCCCAGUGAAUGUGCCAUGAAGCAAGCCGCCUGCUCCAUGGGGGUGCUGCUGGAGGUCAAACACUCGGGAUCUUGCAACUACACACCACCAAGCAGCACAGCAAGCAGAAAGGACUUGGAAUAGAAUGGACUUGCAUGAUGUUGUCUUUGUCGCCGGCUUUUGCUUUUCUGUUUUUUUUUGUUUUUAUAAAUGUGAUUCCUCUGCAAAGCACGAAGAAAGACUGUAAUUCAGUGUGGGAGGAGACAUUUAGAAUUUGCAGUGGAACAAUCCUUACUAAAUGUACGCUCACAGGAGUGAUGUGCAGGAGCAUGUUGCCUUAAAUCUCAUCGUGGACUUUUUCCAUGACAUGCUUGUUAAGUAACUAGGGAUGGGCAUUUCACUACAUUUCCCUAAAAAAACGAACAAAAACAAAGACUCCAGUUUCCAUGCCGGUGUUGUAUUGAGCAGACUACCAAUAGCGCAAUAGCACAGGUAGCUCCUCUUCCCACAGGUGACGUCAUGUAGACAGCAAAUCAGUUGAGACCACCUCUGAUAGUUGCGGCCAAGUAGUGCGCUCCAUUUUGACUCACACUUUUAGUCAGUUCAUUCGUGGAUUCUCAAACUGUGUUACGGCACCACUUGUGGUACGUGGGCUUCAUUUAGUGGUACCCAGGAACACCAGAGAUUUUUUCUGUGUAAAAGCACAUGCAAGUCAUGUAAUUGAUUCACUGCGACCCCUGAUGGGAAAAGCCAAAACACAGCAAGAUAUGAAAUAUUUGUAUAAAUACUGCUGAAUUUGUUAACCAACAAUUUGCUGAAAUUCAAUGAUUUUUUGAACUUGCAACCAUUACCUGCGAGUACAAGCCACAUAGUUCAACUGUGAUGGUACGAAGCAAGCGAAUACGGUGGUACUUGCCAAGCACAAAAAGUGCUAGAACCAUUGAAUUGAAUAUUCUGCCCAUCCCUAGUGGUGACAUCUUGUAAAUUCUCCCUUGCUGGUGCAUUUGUGUAUUGGUUUCCGUGUGUUUUGUUGUAAAUCAAUCAGUUUCAAUGCCAAUUUUGUGAAUACGCCGCCACCUUUUAAUUUAUUCACAUGAUGGUGAUUGUAACAUUGGUGCCACGAUCAUUCAAGAUGAACAGCAGUGGAUUUGAUGAUCAUGUUGACUACCUAUUUGUAGAGCAGACAUUUUGUGGGGAGCGGUGAGGGGUGGGGGGUGUGGGUUUGACUGUCAAAUUGAGCAACAGCCUGAAGGAAGUAUCACAUUUACAUUCCAUGUUGCUCCAUAAAAAUAAUGUCUCAAUGUUAGGUUCGUUUUUGUGUGGCUUACCUUAAGGUAUGCUAGAACACCCAAGGGACCAACUUUAUGAUCACCUCAUGGGCUAAAUAUUUCUCAAUAUUUGACACAGGAAGCUUGUAGAGCCAUGUCCUUCUCCUCUUAUCGUUCAAAACAAAACACAAGCAAAAAGAAAACCCCCACCAUCUUUUGUUGUUGUUGCUUUGCUUGUGCGUGUGCUUUUAUUUUCUAUUCUGUGUCCAAAUGUAAAAAGGAAAAUGUGUAAAAGAAAAGGAAAUACCUCAGAGCCGUGUUAACGAUCUUUGACCUGCUUGCCGAGGCCAGGUUGUGACACCUCCUCUGCUAACGACAAGAAAGCAGCAUUUUUUUUUUUUU